AUGUCGAUGUUUGCCUGGAAGAAGUUGUCUUCCUGUGAAGUCAUCACACAGGAGCUCAAGUCCCGCGCCGCUGAAGCUACCUUGGGAUUCUUUUCUGAAAGCUUUUCGAAUUCUUUCCAACUGAACAGUAGCGUGCUAAAGCUCCUCGAUAAUGGCACCGACGAAACCGUCAUUAGUGACGACGAAGAUACCAUACUGGGCGAGCUUGAUUUCUUGGAGGACGACAGGGAAGAACAACUGGGUACCCAGUACCACGCCCAGUACCACGAGGAUUCCGUCGUAGAGGAAAGAACUCAAGGGCCUUCCGUGGUCGACGAAUUCGAGGAAGAAGUCAUCGAAGACGAAGUAGAUACCCUGGAAUCGGAUGCAGAUGAAUCCCCACAAGAAGCAGCUCCCAUUGCCAUGGUUGCAGUUGAAGACGAUCCGGCUCAGGUUAAUGACUCUUCGUUCACACCUUUGGAUGCAGUCGAGGAGGAAGUUGUGGAAACCGACAAUGAGCAAAAGGUCAGCGAAGGCCUCGAAUCUGAUACAGCCCCCGAUGUUGGUGUGGCUCAAAACAAGCCCAACAACGAAGCUUCUAAUGAGUCUUCUGAAGAGCCACCCAAUGCAGAUGCUGCUGAGGAUCAAGAAGUCAACAAUGGCCUCGAAUCUGAUGCAGCCCCUGAGUUUGGUGUGGCUCAAAAUGAGCCGAACAACAACGAAGCCUCUAAUGAGUCUUCUGAAGAGCCCCCAAAUGCGGAUGCUGCUGAGGAUCAAGAAGUCAACAAUGGCCUCGA